UCACUUCCUGUAUCAGGUGCAUGCAUGUGUGCGUCAGGAGUUGGCGUCCCAGUGCAUGAUAGGAUGGCCAGGGGUCUCUGGACUGAAAUAUUCACUUGAAGAACAUUGGGACAACUUUCAAAGUUUACCUGACAUCAGGGAAAUUUUUAACCUGUGGCCACAGGGACAAAGUCCUCUUAUUUUCUCUUUUACUUUCUCUCAUUCACUCUCCUUCCUCAGUUUCCCUCUGCCGGAGCGGUUGGAUUACCUGAUCAGGUGGAUGGCUCAAAACGCAACCUGACACGACAAAGCCCUCCAACCACAAAGAUUCAGUAAAGCUUCGACACAAUUACACAAUGAGUGAUCAGGAAGAGGGGGGUGCUGUGGCGAUGCCCAUUUGCGGUGCAACAGGAGUCAGUCCCACGUCCCCUCCUCCUGACCUUUGCCAUGUCUGUGGACAACGGCACCUACAGGAGGAGAACCAUGAAUAUUCCUAUAAAGAGGAGGUGGAUGAUGACCUUAUGUGCCACAUCUGCCUUCAGCCUUUGAUCCGGCCACUGGACACCCCCUGUGGACAUACCUAUUGCCAGGAGUGCCUGACAAACUUCCUGCUGGAGAGCGACUUCUGCCCGGUGGACCGCACUCCCCUGAUGCUGCAGACCUGUCGCAAGUCCAGCCUGCUGGUGCACAAGCUGCUGGAUAAACUGAUGGUGUCCUGCCCCUUUACCGAACACUGCACUGAAGUGAUGCCGCGGGGAGAAAUGGAGGGACACAUCAGGAGCCGGUGUAAAGGAGCGUCACACUAUGGGCUCUCUGCAGAGAGAAAGCGGCGUUCUCAGGAGGGAGACUGCACAGACAGCACCUCAGAGCUCACUUUGGCGGCACUGCCCGGGGAGGGAUGCCCCUCCUCUGCUAUCGCUCUCCUAUCAGAUGAGCCCGGCCUGGUUAACCCCGCCUAUGAGCCCAGUGUGGAAGAUAACAGCCAAUCUGGGAGCACCACCAGCCUGGCAGCACGCAGUGGUUCAAGGAAGAGUGAGUAUCGCAACUUUGACAGAACGUCAGUGCGUAGUCGCUCUUUUCGCCGCCUGAAUCGAGCCUUCAGUGUCCUGAGGAGGACCAAGAGUGGGACAGCAGUGGCCAAUGAGGCCACAGAGGAGCAAGACAACCUCAGAAAUGCCAACAUACCACCGGAGGUAUUUGCAUUACCUCAGCUGCAUCAUCUAAUCCCUGAUGGUGAAGUCACCAGUAUUAAGAUCACCAGGGUAGAUCCUUGUGAACCACUGGCUAUCAGCAUUGUCGGGGGCAAUGAGACGCCUCUGGUUCGCAUCCUCAUUCAGGACAUCUACAGAGAGGGUGUCAUCGCUCGGGAUGGAAGACUGCUACCUGGAGAUAUGAUCCUCAAGGUCAAUGGUAUAGACAUCAGUAACGUGCCUCACUGUUAUGCUGUGGCGGCUCUGAAGCAGCCCUGCACACUGCUGCGGUUGACCGUUCUGCGAGAGCAGCGCCACCGUUACCAUUCCCAUCAUCACUCUCCCACCGAGGCCUUCCCCACCCACACCCCCACCAUCCGGGACGACAGCCUGCAUGUGGUCCUCGUUAAGAGGGCUCCAGAUGAACAGCUGGGCAUCAAGCUGGUGCGCAGACCUGACGAACAUGGCGUCUUUAUCUUCCACCUGCUGGAGGGGGGUCUGGCCGCCCGCGAUGGGAGGCUAAGGGUAGACGACCGCGUGCUGGCCAUCAAUGGCCAUGACCUGAGAUACGGCACCCCUGAGCAUGCAGCACUGCUUAUUCAGGCGAGUGAGGACCGCGUCCACUUCAUUGUGUCCCGCCAGACUCACAUCCCUACUCCGGACAUACUACAGGAGGCGCCGUGGAACAUGGAGGGACCACCGCCCUACUCGCCUGUGGAUAUUGAGCACUCUUUACUGGUGGGUUUCAUGAGCAUAAGCCGCACACACUCUUUAUUUCCCGUCCCUCUGCACCGCUUUACUAAACAUUCUCUUAUUGAGGAAAAAGAUCUGAAAGCCUAUUACUUCUACAUCAAAGAUUCAAGCAAUCAGCCAGCUCACACACGCACGCAUCUAUAUUGCUGUAAAGACAUUGUCCUCCGUAGGAGCACGUCUGGCAGUCUGGGUUUCAGUAUUGUGGGUGGACAAGAAGAACUCAACUGUAACCAGUCCUUCUUUAUCCGCUCUAUCGUAGAGGGCACACCGGCCUACAACGACGGCAGGAUACGCUGUGGAGACAUCCUGCUGGAGGUGAACGGGAAGAGCACUUGGGGAAUGACACACACGGCUCUAGUCCACCUGCUCAAGGAGCUGAGGGGUCGGAUCACUCUCACCAUCGUUUCUUGGCCUGGAAUGUCCUUGGUGAAUAAUUUGUUGAUUUAUGUAUGUCUGCUGAAUGACAAUAAAAUUAACCUCGACUUUUCUGUCCAUUCCAGGCAUCUAUAUUGCUGUAAAGACAUUGUCCUCCGUAGGAGCACGUCUGGCAGUCUGGGUUUCAGUAUUGUGGGUGGACAAGAAGAACUCAACUGUAACCAGUCCUUCUUUAUCCGCUCUAUCGUAGAGGGCACACCGGCCUACAACGACGGCAGGAUACGCUGUGGAGACAUCCUGCUGGAGGUGAACGGGAAGAGCACUUGGGGAAUGACACACACGGCUCUAGUCCACCUGCUCAAGGAGCUGAGGGGUCGGAUCACUCUCACCAUCGUUUCUUGGCCUGGAAGCCUGCUAUAGGACUACUCUGCAUGUGGGAGGGGCUUAUCACAUUGACCCUGCAC